CUAGCAAUACUGAUUCAAUAGGAACAGAUUUAGAACCGCAACCAGCCUCCAGGAUGCCUGAUUCCGACGAUUCUGAUGUAGUUAUGCUACGUCCUAGAAAUCAGAACUCGAGCUCACAGAAUCAGGAAAAUAUCCGUCCGACUGGGACAGAGCCCGGGAAGCACAAGAAAACACAUUCGCAGAGGCUCAAUGGGCGAAACGGGAAACGUAACGUUCUGAGCGAUAAGAUCACAGAUGGACCCAGUAACACUCCAGUAGAGCAUAUCUCCACUGCGGGAAACACUGGACCAGAGGAUCUAACAAGCCAGCCUCGAUCUUCUUACAAGGUCGCACCUCCUGAAGUGCAGGAGGAACUCAAGAAGCUUCAAGAAGAAGCCUUGGCCAAGGCCAUUGAGCGGCGCUUUGAAGUAGUUCUGAACUCGAACCCCGAAACUCUCAAUGUGGUCAGGGAAGGCCCUGGAACGGAUCCUGAGAGCGAAGAGUUUCUUAAAAUCGCAGCUUUCAGGACUAUCAAUGUUCCUGGAAACAGACCAGAGUCGUCUAACGUCUUAUCUAGGAGAUUCCGCUUUCCCCAGGACGUCUCGGAGGGCGAACGGAAAAAGCUGCAAUGGAGCUUCUACUCUCGAGAUACUCCUGCGUAUCCUACAUUCGACAAAGGUGGCAAGUUUAUGAUCUCCACACAGCCAACUGCUGAAUCUGAAGAGAGGUCAGCUUUGCUUGCCUCCUAUGACGAUGGAUCAUCAGUCGGUUUAAAGCAGCCUCCGCAGCCUCCCCGGGAUUUUCCAGAUGAGAUCUGGGACGGUAUACCAGCAGACUGGCUAUUUCGCCCAAGUUACUCUGAGACGAAUACGAACUUAGAAAGAUACAGACAGUGGUUUUGGCGCUGGCUAGAUUCCACAGUGGUACUCGCCUACCCUGUCGAUAUCUAUCAUGAAGCUUUCUUCGAUGGAACAGCCCACACGGAUGGGGAGCGAGGGUUAUUCAUACCAGACAUCGAGAGCCACGAUACCAAGAUAGACAUGACGGACGAGGAGACACGCCUUCACUAUAAUGAAACCGGCGCGGGGUACAUCAUCAACUACAGGCUGCAUCUGCUAAAGGAAGCAGAGGAAAAAGGAGCGCGGGUACGGAGAGAGCGCGGGGUGUAUCUCGAAAGUUGUCUGAACCACGAGGAGCCAAAUCCAUAUGUGCCAAAGGCAAACAUAUAUCUACGCCCAGCUGAGAACAGGGAUGUUCCCGGGCUCCUGGAGCUGUGCAACUGGUAUAUCCACAACACGGCUCUGUGCGCUGACCUUGAGACCCUUACCCGUGCUGAAAUGAUCCAGCGAAUCGCCGACAGCAAACAGGAGAAACUGCCGUUCAUUGUGGCCGUUGAACGAAACAACAGACAUGCCCUUGAUCACCUGGAACGAGUCUUGGGAUACGCACUCGCAACGGACUAUAUGGGGCAGACUACAGCAGGACGACAUACGGUCGAACUAGAGGUCUUCGUCAGCCACGGAAGCAAACGACUCGGGGUCGCCCGCUGUCUUAUGGAUAAACUUCUUCAAGUGUGUGACCCGACUUACGUGCCCCAUUUGGGGUACUUCUUCGAUUCGGACUUAGAUGACCGCCCUGGAUACGAGUGCGGCGGACGCAGGAUGCUUGCACGUCUGAUAUUCACAUACUGCUUCUCAGAGGACGAUAAAUCAGAGUACGAACGGGUUAAAGAAUGGCUAAAGGGAGAGUACAGUUUCUAUGAGCAGGGUUUACUCAGGGGGGUCUGCGUGAAGUUCGGCAAGUUGUAAGUUGAAUUUCCCAAAACUGACCUGUACCCGUUAUUUAACAACCGUGCUAGGCAUAAUGUCAGUUAUCUUGUCCGCAACGUCGCGAAUUUUACACCAUGAGAGCAUACGAUCCAGUGUCUGUCCAGUACGUUGCAACUGGUUAUUCUUAAGUUGAUGUACUAUGAUCCAUAGUGGUCACAGUACUUGCUCUUUUGUCGACCCAAAAAAAAGAGAUGAAAAAUAACGAUCUGAUCCCCUAUGAAAAGAAGCAAUGAC